AUGGAAGAAUGUCGGCCUGCAAUGCUUCAUGACAACAUGGACAUUUCUCGUUUCAUGGUUCAUGCUCAACAAGUUGAGGAGAGUAGGAUCAAGAUCAAGAAUAGGAAGUUCAAGAGGGCAAGGCCCUAUAAUGGAGGUACUUCUAAGGGUUCGACUAAUUGCUUUGGUUGUGGAAAGAGUGGACACAUGGUUAAAGAUUGUCCCAUGGCCAAGACUCAAGGAAGGGAGAGUCACCAAGCUCAAGCAAGUGGUCCAAAUUCCGAUGCUCCAAAGAAUAACCGCUUCUAUGCUCUCAAAUCUAGGGUUGAUCAAGAAGAUUCUCCCGAUGUUGUUACCCAUAUGUUGCAAUUUCUACCUUGGUGGGUGACUCCGUUGUUGCUAAAAGAGUCUGUAGGAGUUGUCCUAUCUAUUGUUCAAUAG